AUGGCUGCUAGUUACUUUCCUCACAUUCAGGAAAAGGAGAGAGAGUUCAGACCUCAUAUCAGACACACGGAGCCUGUUCUAACUGAGUGUGGCCUUGACUGGAAAUCUCGUUUGCGUUGGAUUCCUGAACCUCGCUACAGCGAUGCCCCUUUUCCUCAAAUUAAAGAUAUUAAAUUCCCCAGUCAAAUCCAACUGAUGAGGUCCUUCCCACAGGCCAAUAUGGUGUCCCAGUCUGAGUGGACCUUUUACCCAAACUUUGGUCAGCCUGUGACCUUCCAUGCUGGAAAGCGGUGUUUUAUAGAUGCAGUUCGUCACGGAUCCAAGAGAUGCACCUCAGAACAGACUCUAGAGUCAACCAUAGGGAGGAAAAGAAAGGUGGAACCUGGCUUUGGCUAUGCAGCAGAUUCCAGGACUUAUCUAGUACCAGAGUACAGCCCUAACUUUCACAAGCUUGGAUCAACAUUACCAAAAUCUAAUUUUGGGUAUCCCGCCACCUUUAAAGCAGAUACAUUCAUUCCCCUCCAGCCCCUGUCAGAAAAGCUCUGCGUGACUUACGCAGAGAAAAAGAAGAUUCUGGAGCGAGAGGAAGAAAUUCUUCAAGUAAAUGAUCUUAACAAGUGGAGACCAGCAGCUCCGCUGUUUGAAAGUUUUCUAAUAGAACACAGACCACCUCAGCCUCUUUAG